UCCACAACAAAUACAACGACGAGCCUCCUCACCGUCCACCAUUCAUCAGCUAGAUUGCGCCGGCUCAGCUUCGGGAAAUAGCUCGGCGUCCGAUCGCACGCACCUCGUCCAUCCAACCUGUGAGAGCUCCUUCGUCUUUUGCCCACCGCCAUGGAUGCGAAAGACUCCAACGGCCGUCGAAUUUCUCUCUUGAACGCCGACGACACAACAUUGCCAAACCGACAGUCUUUCGCCAACACUCGACAUUCAUCUUACUCGUCGCAAGGCUCUGCACAAUCCUACCAACAGUACACCUUAUCGUCCAGCAGCGUGACACGCCUGUCAUCCUUCCAGUCGGGCUACUCAUCCCCCUGCUCAUCUCCGCAAACGCCGUCUCUAGUUCGCAGCCGCUCAUCAGACUCUACGGCAGACAUGCAGACUCCCUCGCCCAUCACACCUGAAUUUGGCUAUCUCGAUUCUUUGAAUGCACACCCACAAGCCUACUCGGAUUCCACCGCCUACUUCAACAAGGACCUGCCUCAGUAUAUACCACAACAGCCUCCAACAUUGAGUCAGACCUACAUGCAAAGCACGCCUGCUCAGCCAGCCUAUUACGCCCAACCUCCUGCCGAGAACAAGUCUGCUCCAGCACAAAAGUCCAAAAAGAAUCAGUAUCCAUGUCCUGUUGCGAAGCAGUACAACUGCAGUGACCAUUUCACCACCUCCGGACAUGCUGCUCGCCACGCCAAGAAACACACUGGGAAAAAGGACGCGAUGUGCCCUGAGUGCAACAAAGCGUUCACUCGCAAGGACAACAUGGAGCAGCAUCGUCGUACCCACUUGAAUGGCAGGAGCACCACCAAAGGCACUGCUGUCGAAGACCGUUCUAGGAAGGUCGUCAAGCAACAGAACAUGAAGAGACCAAAGCCUGCACCUCUCCAGGCUGCGCAACCUGUGCAACAAGUGGUUGUUGAUCCUGCUCUCCCUCAGCUACCCAUCAGCCCAACAGCCAAUUUUCCGAUGGCGUCUCAAGUGCAUAUGGAUCCUUAUCAACAACAUUACAUGCCGAGUCACACGUACCCGGAUCCAUCACAAUGUGCCAUAAAUCCAAUGUCCAUGUCGACCUCUUUCGGCCUGGAUACUCUCGCCGCUGCGGCUGCGAUUGACAAGCGUGACAGCGAGUAACAUGAUACUUUAGCAGACAUGAUGGAAUCAGAUGGCUGUGAUGCUACGAGUUUUCUAUCCGUUUUUCUGUUGUUGCGCACUUCACGUAAUAUAGACGCAUGUCCUCACGGCUCUCCACUGUUAUAUACUCGCUAGCCGGGCACAUCGACACUCUUCUUGUACGACAGCCCGCAAGAAGACGGUGUAGUGUCAAAAUUCAGAACAGGGUUCUGUCACUUUCUUGUUAUCUACGAUACCCAUAUUCGGCGUUCCGGUCGAAGUUUCGCAUCUGUUCUAGGAAGGCUGGGAAAA